UCCAAUGUCUAGGAAGACCAGAACCCCGAAUUCAAGCCAGCUGCCUGCAAAACGACCAAAUACGGACUACCUUCUUCUUCAUCGAUCCGUUCUUCUUCAAAAUGUUUCAUUAGCUAGCUGCAGUUACAAUUUUUUCCUUUUAUUUUAAAAAAAUACCAAACAUUUUGUCGGUUUGUCAUUUCGUUGAAAUUCUACAUCCCCAAUGAAGCCAUCGUUUGACCCACACUCAGCAUUCAAAGUUCCCUUUACUCAAAUCAAUAUCACCCCUUUCAAUUAUUUAAUUUAAUUACAUGAUCCUGUUUUUUGUUGUUAAUCAAGGGUAAUUUUAACUGGGUUUUUUUGAUAUUACUCAAAAAAAAAAAAGAAGAGAAAAUGGUGAUAACAGAGAUUUCAAUUAUUCAUCAUUUGGGCAUUGUGCUGGUUUUGCUAUGGGUGCUUAAUUCCUACGGUUUUUGCCACCCUGUUCUUUAUUUCAUCUCUUUGAUUUACUUGUAUCAGGUUAAUGAAAGGUAUACUAUGAGAUUGAGGAGAAAGUUGCAAUUUGAUGAAAGGAAAGCAGCCAAUCAAAGACGGAUACUCACAGAUUCUGAGACUGUAAGGUGGCUGAAUCAUGCUGUUGACAAAAUGUGGCCUAUUUGUCUCGAGCCGAUUAUCUCCCAGAGGAUUUUUCUUCCUAUUAUACCCUGGUUCCUACAGAAGUACAAACCAUGGACUGUAAAACGGGCCUCAGUUCAACAUCUUUACUUGGGAAGGACCCCUCCUUUGUUCACUGAUCUUCGUGUUCUUCGUGACUCUACCGAAGAUGACCAUUUGGUUUUGGAGCUCGGCUUGAAUUUCUUGACAGCAGAUGAUAUGAGUGCAAUUCUUUCCGCGAAACUGAGGAAGAGACUUGGAUUUGGAAUCGCUGCAAAGAUGCACUUAACUGGCUUGCAUGUUGAAGGGAAGGUACUGAUUGGCGUGAAAUUUCUACGCUCUUGGCCAUUCAUAGGACGGUUGCGUGUAUGUUUUGCUGAACCUCCAUACUUUCAGAUGACUGUCAAACCGCUCUUUAACCAUGGUCUUGAUGUAACAGAAAUACCUGGAAUUGCUGGCUGGCUGGAUAAACUGUUGGCUGUUGCCUUUGAGGAGACUCUUGUUGAGCCCAAUAUGCUGGUUGUUGACAUGGAGAAAUUUGUUUCACCUGAACCUGAAAAUUGGUUCUCCGUGGAUGUGAAAGAACCUCUUGCUUAUGCAAAUGUGGAAGUUAUCGAAGCGGUGGAACUGAAGGCAUCAGACCUCAAUGGUUUGUCUGAUCCUUAUGUGAAAGGACAUCUUGGUCAGUACAGGUUUAGGACUCAAGUACAGAGGAAGACAUUGACUCCAAAAUGGCAAGAGGAGUUCAAGGUUCCUAUUUGUUCAUGGGAGGGACAAAAUGUGCUAGCAAUUGAAGUUCUUGACAAGGACCAUUUCUCGGCGGAUGAUGUUAUUGGAAAUUGUUCAGUAAACAUCAACGAGCUCAGGGAUGGCUAUAGGCACGACAUGUGGCUGCCUCUUGAGAAUGUCAAAAUUGGAAGAUUGCAUCUAGCUAUAACGGUUGUUGAGGCAAUGGGAAAGGGUAAGGAGCAGAGUGAGCAGAAAGCUGAAGAAGUGAAGUCUGUGUCAAAGAAACCAGCAUCAGUUGAGAAUGAAGAGGGCGGGAAACAAAGACCUAUCUUGACUGCAAAUCCGCAACAAUUUGCUGAUACAUUUGAACCAAUUGAUGUUGAGGGACAGAAGGAAACUGGAAUGUGGGUCCAUCAUCCUGGAAGAGAAGUUUCUCAGACAUGGGAACCUAGGAAAGGAAAGAGCAGACAAAAUGAUACCGAGAUCCUCUCAGUGGAGACACCAAAAUCAUCUGUGCUAAUCGACAGUAGUAAUAGUAGUACUAGUGGUGAUGAAAGUAAGGAAGACCAGAAAAUAAAGCGAGGUAAUAUUAUUCAAAGGGGCUUGGACAAGGUAUUCCAUAGAAAUCACGAGAAUGAAGAUGAAACGAAGAGCUGUGAGGUUGCUGCUGAUCUAUCACCGCAUGCUAAUGUCCAAGCCGCUCACAUUAAAACGGUUGGAGUUAACCUUGUAGUGGAUAAUGACCUUUCUGGACCUCUUUCCGGUGAUGGAAAAGUUGGAGGGUCAAGUAACGAGGGAAGUGGAGCGGAGGGUUCAAACAAGCUCGAUGUGAAAGACAGGGCUAAGAACAUUUUAAAGACUGCUAGAAAUUCAGCACGCCAUUUAAAACAAUCAUUUUCAAGGAAAGGAUCCAAGAAAAAGAAAGAUACUACUGAGGUUCCUUUUGAGUCUGAUUCUUCUGAUGAAGACUCAUUCUCGUCUACUGGAAUUCCAGUUUCUUCAACCUUGAUAUCAACUAAUGGUACUGACGAGGCAGAUAUUCACACGAAUGAUCCAAUUAAGCCUAGCCUUGAUAUUCCUGCCCGGAAUAGUACUGACAAUAUUAUCACUGCCUCUCAAGGAGAUCAACUGUUGUCGGUAGCAAAUCCUUGAAACCAAAACCCAACCAUUUUCAUUUCAUCUCUUGAAGUUUGUACAUCAGACUAUCUAUCUGAGAAUAUCUAUGCUUCUUUUUUUCUUUUCAAUUUCGCAAUGUAUACAACUUGUAUAAAGAUUUAGAUCAGGCUUAUUGUCCAUAUUCUAGUGAUUACAAAAUAUACUUCCUUUUUUUUUUUUUUUUGAAUAUUGUAUUCCUAGAAAUUGAGAAUGUUUUUAGAUUCCACGUCGCUUUACGUAAAGAAAGACAAAGACCUUUUUUUUUUUUUUUUUUUU